AUCGAACGAGUCGCACCUUAAGUUGGGUGUGUUGAGUCGCAGCGAAUCACAGCUCAAAUAUCUAAUCCUAUUUCUUUCACUCUCCCAACAGAGUAAAACCUCCAACUUCCACUCCGGCGCCACCAUGAACGCCGCCACUCUAAUCUUCGCUCCACUAUUUCCGGUAAAGACCUCCACAUGCCGUCCGGUUUCGCUUCCGAAGCCCAACGUUUUCCGUUCUUUAAACAUGACCCGGCCCGUAUCUUCACGACCCGACUUUCGGGCUUGGGCCGACGACGGAGAUGCAGACGGAGGAGGACCGGAUGACUACGACAUGGACGAAGACGACGCGGAGGAGGUCGACAAUAAGAAGGAUUUCGAUGUCGAUUACGACACCGCCCUCGCCAUUGCCGUGGCUGGGCACGGCGGACAGGACGACAUUGCUAUGGUGCACAGCAAGAGUUUCGUGUCGAUUCACGGCUGGGACUCCGAGAAAAUUGUGGAUUACCGCAUAAACGAAGACGAGUUUCAUAAGAUUUGUCUUCUGGAUUGUGAUUUCUUCAUUCGGAAGCCGCCUGAUCCGGAUAACGACGUCUAUGAUUUCAGAGAGAUGUACGUCACACCUCCAGACACAGAUAUUUACGCAAUUCCGAAGGUUCUUGCACCAAUGCCUCAGAAGUAUAUUCGGUGUGCACAGAGUGAUUAUGGGUGCUACAACGUGACAGAGCCACCGAUUAGUGCUCCAAGAGACCCUAUGUACAAAUCUGAGAGGGAAGUCCUCAAGGUUUUCUUGACAAAACACUACAGGAACCGUCGGUUGGGUGAUCCAGAAUUUACGCUGGAUUUCGAGGAGAUCUAUGUAAUCGAUUCGAAAACAAAAUCUAUCACAAGGGCUAAAGUUGUGGUGACAGUUCCUGGAGGAACAGACCGAGAUAGGAAGAACGAUUUGCUAGUUGUUCGUGAUGGUGGGACUUCCUUCAAGAUAAUUCCCCCGGACGAAAGAGACGAUCCGACCACAGUAAUAGAGAAGGAGGAAUGGAGUAAAAGUAGGGAUGACAUGGAGAAACAUCUUAGCAAGCUUCGAGACUUCAACGUUUCAAAUUGGUUUUAGCCAAAUACGGCAGUUUCUCCUGGAAAAACAAUCAGCAGAUUUUUGGAGCUUCAAAUGCAAAAAUCAUAUGCAUUGAUAAAACUGCCAUAUUUCUGAUCGAAUAUUAUAGAAUUGCCAUUUUCAGGCCAAACAAGAAGAUAGCAGAGAUAGAUAGAUAUUCACGAGGUAGGAAGUCGGGGCGUUGGUAACAUAAUUACAACGAAGAGUGUGUGACAAUAUAGUCACUUGACGAUGAUGUUUCAUUAAUGUAUUUAGAAUUAGAAAGUGAGUUCAAUUUUAUACCUUUGUUGUAAUUCUUCUCCAAAGCAAAACCCCAUUAUGGUGAAAAUGGAGUAUAUUUUUAGAGGAGGUUUUGGGUAAUUUUGAAUGAGAAAUUGGCGUUUUCUAUAAUUUAACCAUUUUGCGGGGAGGCUAGCA